AUGUUUGUCAAGCAACUUCUUCCUGCCCUCGUGGCAAUCGGCUCGGCCGCAGCCCAAUCCGCGACCUGCACCGUGUCUACGACCACCAUCAACGGCCAGGCCGAGGCCACCAAGCUCGCCGGCUGCGGUACUGUUAAGGGCACUGUCGUGCUCGGCUCCCAGGGCGGCGCGACGGUUGAGCUGUCGGGCCCGAAGGAGAUCACUGGCAAUCUUAUUGUUGAGAACAACGGCAUGCUGGAGACCUUCUCAAGCCCCAGCUUGCAGAAGAUCGGCGGCACCUUCAGGCUCCAGAACGUCACUUUCCUCACCUCGCUCCAGUUUCCCAAGCUCACCGAGGCCCAAUCGAUUGAGUGGGGGUCGGUCACCCGUCUGGACAGCGUCACCCUGGGACCCCUGGACAAGGCCGACAACGUCCGGGUUAGCGAUACCUUCCUGGACAACCUGGACGCCUUCUCGCUCACUACCGUCAAGAAGUUGACGCUCGACAACAACCGCCGCCUCUCGAAGUACACGUCCCAGUUGACGUCGCUCAGCGACAGGCUCGUCAUCCAGGCCAAUGGUCUUGAGCUCGAAGUCGACCUGUCCAGUCUGAAAUGGAUCAACGACAUGGAGAUUGCCAACGUGACCAAGUUCUCCGUCCCUGCUCUCCAGGUCGUCAACGGCUCCGCUCUCUUUGACUCCAACCGAUUCCCGACCUUCAGCGCCCCUAAUCUGACCCACACCGAGAAGGGCGACAUCUCCUUCGUUGGCAACGGCUUCCUCAAGAACAUGACGUUCCCGAAGUUGACCGACAUUGCCGGCGGUCUGCUCAUCGCCAACAACACUGGGCUGGACGAAGUCACUUUCUUCCCCAAGCUGAGGAAGGUCAGCGGCGCUGUCAAGCUCCGCGGCAACUUCACCACCGUCGACUUUCCGUCGCUUGAUAACGUCAAGGGUGCCUUCGAUGUUUCUAGCACUGCUAACAUCAGGAAGUCGUGCGACAAGCUGGGGGAGAAGGCUCCCCGCAGCCAGGGCGGUGAUGGCUCUAUCGAGGGUGUCUUCACCUGCACGGCCGACAACGAGAAUGCCAACGAGGACACCGACGGCUCGACCUCGAACUCCGGCAACGUCGACGGCACCGAUGGUAGUGAUGAGAACGGCGCCUCGGGCCCCGUCUUCAACGCUGCCCUCUUCGGUCUCGUUGCUGUCGCUGGCCUCGCCUCGGCUCUCUAG